AUGGAAGUCGAAUGCGACGGAUCUGCGCACGAUGACACGGCAGAUUCUCAAGCGUCUCAAACAUCGACCAAUUCGACCUCCUCAUUAGCUAUACAGUUCUCGGCUGAGGAUUUGCAGGAGAACAAUUCUGACGUUCUGCCUCCUGCAUGCACCGAAACGGUGAGGAACGAAGGGAAAGCAAGAAGGUUGAAUCGACGAUUGGCCCUUGCAAAUUUGCAACUUCCAAAGCUCACAGCAAAACAAAGCUGCGUUGUUGACCUGUGUACCGAGGAGGACAGAGCUGAAGAAAUUGCAUGGUUGAAGAAGAGAUUUCCCGGUAUUAAAACAGAUGCAGCGAAAUCGGAGCAGAAGGCAAAAUCUUGUAAAGGACAAAGUUCUUCAAGAAAUUUACCGCCUAGCGUUGCCAGUCAAAAAAUUCUAAAACAAGCCCUCGAAAAGAAGCUGGCCGAAAGAAGGAGGAUUGGAUUGGCAAAACGAAAGGAACUGUAUAUGGAGGAUAACGAAGAUCUUUUAGAUGAAGAAGAGGAGGAGCCUGGCACAAAAAAGUCGUUGAAGGAAGAGAAGCGUGUGAGGAAACCUCUUUGUAGCGAUGAAGACAGUGAAGAAGAUGAGGACUACAAUGGCGACGAUGAAGAAGAAGAAAAAGGGGAAAGCAAAUCGGAUAGUUCAGCAAGUGGCACUGAAGACGGUGAAGAGGAAGGCAAAGGGGAAGAGACAUUUGAUAAAAGGCCGGAUGGUAUUGGGGAGGACUUGCCGGAAUCUGUUGACUUGUUUGAUGGCGCUUCAACUGCUGGCAGUUCAAUCAAAGAUAGCGAUAAGUUACAUCAAGGGGAUAAUGGAACUAACAAGGUGCAUCAUGACGUUGAGGUCAAUCCAACUUCGGGAACGAUACUUCAUCCCGUAGAGAGUCUCAACCUAAUGUUGGACGAAGACUUCGACUCACAAUCUACUCCUAACAUGACUCAACCUACAUUCCCUAAUUCGCUUUCGCAGUGGUUCGGUGAUAAGCUUUCGCAAGAAAAAAGCAGUCAAGAAGUACCGGCUAGUUUGGAGGCCCCUGAAUUUGUCAACAUUGGGACCUUCGGCGAUAUGGAUCCCUUUAAAGAUUCGUGCGAGGAUGACAUGUUAAUGCUUUGCUCCGGCAGAUUUGAUACUCAAAAUCUAACAAAGCCAACUGUAGAGCCUCUAGGAGAGGUCGUAAGGUCAAGUAGUUCACCUGAGGAUGAGGAGGUAGUCCAUGCAACACAAAAACGAAAGCGAAAAGUCAUUGUAUCUGAUGAUGAGGAUGAUGCACAUCCUCCUGCUUCCGCUGAAGAACUUGAUGGCAUCUUCGAAGAAAAUAUUGCUGACAAAAAAACGCACGAAGAAGAUUUGUCCAUGGAAAGACCAAAUGUUCAGGAAGAUUUCACAAUUCUCCGGCGCACUAUCGUUAACUCUGACAGUGAAGAGAGUGACAAGGAGGAAGAACAAGAGCAGCAGGACGGUCUUUACGGAGAAGAAGAGGAAGGGGAAAAGGAGGAAGAGGAAGAAGAGUUGGACGAAGUAGCACAAGGAAAGGUGAAUGACGAGGAGGAUGGAAGGAACUACAUUGAAGAAGAGGCCGAUGAUUCCGAUGAGGAGUUGGCAGUCAUUAGGCGACUUGAGAAGAAUGAAUUCCACAGAAAAGCAAACCGCGAAAACUGGUUUGAUGACGAAGCAUCGCUUUCUGGGGACGAUGUUGGAAGUGACAUUGAUGAUGACAGAGAUGUUGCCAACGAAUAUGAGGCUGAAGAAGGGGACGCAGACGACGUUCCUGAUUCGGAGGCUAUCAGACGACAAAACCACAGAUUGCUGUUAAAACAGGAAAAUGAUAGGGAGCAUUUGGAGCUUAUUAAGUUGCAAGACAGGUUACUGGCCGAUGGAGACCUUGCUGGGACAGAAACAAAUAGAACGUUCCGAUUGAAACUACGCGAAGACGUGACUAUAAUAGAAGGUGAGGACGCUCAGACAGAAGAGGCAGAAGAAGAAGAGGGUGAAACAUCUUCUCAGGCUCACGCACGUAGAGUUAGCGCCAUCAAAUGGCUGAUGGAGCAUGAAGAGGAAUAUAGAAAAAUUUGCAACGAGAAAGAAGAAGACGAUAUAUUUGAUAUUGCUGCACGGUCUGUCCAAAUAUCAUCGGAACUCACAGUAAAUGUCGUUCCCAAAGCACCGAGAACUCUUCUAGGACAAGCUGGACUCGCAAAUGCCAUCAAAGAACUUCCAGGGGCAUCUUGUGCCAAGCAGUUAUAUGUGAAUAAUGCACCUACUGCGCAGAAGCGACCUCCAUCACCUCCUGCAUUCCAGCCGCCGAAGAAAAGUCGGAGUAGUGUUAUUAUGCAUUUUACCUCUUUUUUACUGCGAUAA